AUACAAAAUAAGUGCUUGCAACCUGCGUCCGCCUCAUUUCGGUGAUCCACCAGCACAUCUCGACACAGCUUUGAGCGUGCCGCAUUCUUCUUCGUUUGCUUUGUUUCCCGUUAGCAGGUGGGACACGCGUGCAACUGCAACACCACCAUCAACAGCAACUAGAACGACCAGACGCCCUUGGCUUUCGCAGCAACAACCAUGUCACGGCAUCAAGCAUUCCGCAAUUACGACUACGAGAAUGACCUCGACGAAUAUGAAGGAGGUCUCGAGGAGGAGGAGGAGGAGCUGUCCCAAGAAGAUCGUGAUCAAAUGGCUGCCUCGACCACCCAAGUAAAGGAGAUUAUGGGCCCCCAGGCCGCUUUCUUAACGACAGCCCAGAUUCAAGAAGCACUGUGGCACUACUACUACGAUGUCGAAAAGUCGGUCGCCUACCUAACGAAAACGUUCAUCGAUCCCCCAAAGAAGAAGAAAACCACGGAGCCGAGUCCAGAUGAUGUCGUGCUAAAGGCACAGUCCAAAGCCAGCAACAAAAAGCUAGCCGCCACAUCGGCGAAGAAGAAGGAAAACGCGGAGGGCGCAGCGGAUGGACUCAAGACACUCAAGGUAGAUGAUACACCACUGCCGAAAUCGAAGAACCUCGAUGUGCUGGGUGAAUAUGAGAAGAGCAAAGCGAAAAAGAGUGCCAGUUUCGUGGUUGUAGGCCACGUCGAUGCCGGCAAAAGCACAUUGAUGGGACGACUACUACUAGAUCUGAAUGUCGUUGACCAGCGAACAAUCGACAAAUAUCGCAAAGAAGCGGAGAGCAUGGGCAAGUCAUCCUUUGCCCUAGCGUGGGUCCUGGAUCAGCGUACGGAAGAGCGCUCGCGAGGUGUCACAAUCGACAUUGCCACCAACAAGUUCGAGACCGAGAAGACAUCCUUCACGAUUCUUGACGCCCCUGGACAUCGGGAUUUCAUCCCCAAUAUGAUCGCCGGAGCCAGUCAAGCCGACUUUGCCAUACUGGUCGUGGACGCGUCUACAGGAGCGUUCGAAGCUGGCCUGAAAGGCCAGACGAGGGAACAUGCUCUUCUUCUUCGCAGCAUGGGAGUCAGCCGAAUCAUUGUCGCGGUCAACAAGCUUGAUACCGUUGGGUGGUCACAAGAGCGGUUUGACGAGAUUUCGCAGCAGGUGUCUGGAUUUCUCUCGGGUAGCGGUUUCCAGCUGAAAAACGUCAGCUUUGUCCCAGUCUCGGGACUUCAAGGAGAUAACAUGGUCCGCCGAUCAACCGACCCAGCAGCGGACUGGUACAAAGGCGACACACUGAUCGAGGAACUUGAGAACUCCGAGCCCAUGGCACGGGCCCUCGAGAAGCCGCUACGAAUGACGAUUUCAGAAGUUUUCCGCACGACACAGAGCCCAGUUAGCAUCUCCGGCAGGCUCGACGCCGGAUCUGUCCAAGCCGGCGAUGCGGCCCUCAUUCAACCCAGUGGCGAGAAGGCCUACAUCAAGUCCCUCGAGCUCGACGGCGAGCCUGUGGACUGGGCCGUGGCGGGCCAGAAUGUGGUUCUUCAUCUCACACAUGUCGAUCCCAUCCACGUGCGGGUGGGCGACAUUGUGUGUGACACGAAGCAGCCGAUCGCUUGCGUGGACAGCUUCACCAUCAAGGUGCUCGCCUUCGACAUCCUCAUGCCCAUGCAGAUCGACGUGCACCGCGGCCGCCUGCACGCAGCAGGCCAGAUAGCGCAAAUCUCCGCGCUGCUCGACAAGGCCAAGGGCACCGUGCUCAAAAACCGGCCCAAGAUUGUCAAGCCUGGCAGCGUCGCGAGGGUUGUGGUCAAGCUGGCCUCCAAGGUUCCCCUCGAGGCCGGCCAACGCGUCAUCCUGCGCAGUAACGGCAGCACGGUUGCCGCAGGGCUCCUAGACUGAUUGGGGCUCAAAAGAGAGAGCCUUUCUUGCGGUGGGAAACAAACUUUCAGGGGCAUUUACGUUUUCGAUCAUGGCACAGUCAUAUGAACAUAGAUAAUAAUGGUUGCGAGCGAAUACUAGCGAAACAGUUGCGGCAAGUGAUAGAG